AUGAGUGACCCUCUUUCCAUCGCAGGCAGUGUCGUUGGCAUUAUUGCGCUCGCGGAUGUUGCCUUUAAAUAUGUCUACAAAUACGUCAGGGCUGCCAAGAAUGCCGAGUCCGACGUCAAAGCCCUCGCCGACGAGAUUGACGGCCUUGCGAGGCUGUUACGCCACCUCGAAGCCCUCGCUUCGGACUUAGAAGACGAGGGUGACAAAUUUGACCCGGCCCUGAGAGCCCAUUACUUGAGCCAUUGCGAGAUGACUUUGCAAGGAAUUGAGAAGCGGGUCAAGAAGGCUGCCAACAGUUUCGCCCAGUCCAAACUCCAAGGAUUUGCUCGGCAGCUCAAAUGGCCUUACUCUGCGUCAGAGACGAAGGGGUUGCUCGAAGAACUUUCGCGUCACAAGGCGACCAUCACUGCAGCUUUGGCGACGGACUCGAUGCGCAAGUUACAGUUGUCGCUCUCAAAAACCUCCGAGCUGGACAAGCAGCUGGCUGCCAUUGGGCAAACGGUAGCACAGAUCGAAGUCAACACGCGCAUCGACGUGAACGAUCAAAAGCGGCGCGUUCUCGACUUUUUUAUGAAGGUCAGCCCUCAGCCAAACUUGGAAACCAGUGUCAAGCUCCGGCAUCCCAUGACCGGAACGUGGUUAACAGAAUCUCCGAGGUUCCUUCACUGGCUAGAAACCCCAGGUUCCAAGCUUUGGUUAACUGGCAUUCCAGGGGCUGGGAAGACUGUUAUUGCGGGCUCAGUGAUCCAAGAAGCGCUGCACCGCAGCUACAAUAACCAACAAGUCGGAGUGGCUUUCUUCUUUUGCGAUUACAAGAACUCCGAGACCUGGGAGACGGCUGCUAUUCUAGGGGUAAUUGCUUCCCAACUUGCUCGCCAGAAAGAUGAGGCCUUCGAAAUCCUCCGCCAAUAUCAUGAUGAGCUCCAUCCAAAAAAGGGCCUUACGAAGGCCCCAGAUCCUGACGAACUCCGGGCCAGGAUCAGCCAGAUUGCCCAACUCUUCGAUCAAACAAUGAUCGUUGUCGACGGUCUAGACGAGUGUGGCGAUAAAGCAGAUGAUGUGGUCGACAUUCUAUUGGAAGUGAUUGACUACUCGGAAAAAUUGUCAAUGGCUCUUUUAAGUCGUGAUCACCUCAACAUCCGUGAUCGCUUGGAGCCAGAGUUCGACAUCACUCCUAUCGCAGCAGACACCUCGGACUUGAAACGAUAUGUCAACACAGAGCUUGAGCAACGCAUUAAAGGUGGGCGACUGCGGCUUUCUGAUAUGAGUAUGAAAGAGGAGAUAGCAGAGGGUCUUGUGGGCCGAGCCGAAGGAAUGUUUCGCUGGGUGGUCUGUCAGCUCGACUACCUCUGUGACUGUCUCCAUGACACCGAACGACGAGAGGCCCUGACAAAGCUUCCCCCCGAUCUUCCUGAGAGUUAUCGUCGGCUCCUUGAGCGAGUCAAUCGCUCGAAGACUGGUGCUCCAGUAAUGGUUCAAAUGUGUCUCCACUUCAUUGCACAUGGAGAGUUGACAAUACUUCAACUUCGGCAGGCCGUUUCGACCCCAGCCACUCUAGGUGCUACAUUUGAUGGGAAAAACAUGAUUUCAGAACAAGAGAUUUCUCGGAGAUGUAGCAGCCUUAUCCGAAAGUCGGCAGAUGGGGAGGACUUUGAGUUCGCUCACUUCUCGGUUCAGGAGUUUCUCGAGGAUGAGGAGGCUCUAUCACGCCCGCUUAACACGCCUGGUCUUCGAAUCGACAACUUUUUCAUAACAAACGAGAAGAGUCAGUCGCUGUUAGCUGCUCAAUGCCUCAGAUUCCUGCAGCUCAGCAACUUUGAACAAUCACCAACGAGCUCAAGUCAAGAGAUGGAACUUACCUGGAUACCUGAUGAUGAACAGUAUUCAUUCUACCAAUACUCUGCCUUGGAGUGGCUCCGACUUACGGAAGAGGGCUUUGACGACACAGCGUUGUCUCUUGCCAUCUCUCUAUUUCACCCCAAGAGGAAAGCGCAGUUCUUAAACUGGACAACCACUGUUUUCAUCUACACAAAGUAUUGGCCCGGCAGGGUAACAGAUUUCGAAAUGAAGAAGAAAAGUGGCGAGUCGGCCGCCGCCCGCUUUCUCCGAGUGCGUCAGAAGGUCCUUGACAGUAACUUCAAACCGCUUCAUAUGGCGGCAUUACUAAAUCUGCCUGAAAUCUGCCGCUACCUUCUCAACCAAGGUGCACAAGUCAAUUGCCGAUGGGGCGCGAAGAGGCCGAUUGACCUAGCUUUCGCGACCAUUGCUCAAGUGCCUGAGUGCAUGUUUGAUACCUCACCCGUUGGAGAUGACCGUGAUGAACGUGCUAGGGCUGCAUAUUUAUGGUCGAGGUUUCUUCCCAGCAACAAACGAACAAGCCUCACCAUCAAUUGCCUAAUGGAACACGGCGCAGAGCUAUCAAGCAACCCAGUUGUUGAGGGAACCCUUUCUAUGUUUUCCGCUACUUUCGCACUUGGGGCGUGGUCCGGUGAUUUCAGCCCAGUCCUCGCUCUUCUUCGCUGCGGUAUCAGUCCCAGCUCGAUGGAAACUGAGAGGUUUGGCCUUUGCACGAGAGCGGAGAGGAUGAAGGUGAACAAUGACACGGAGUCUUCAACGCUCGCGAUCCUAGAGUACCUCACUUCAACGUCGGCUUAUGAUACAGAGUGGGGCAGGCAAAUGGGCUCAACAAUUUGGCACUUGGCCGUCAAGCACGGCUUCUCAUAUACAGACGAUUCAUUUCUCGUCGACUCGGGAAUCUCCAUGUCAGAGGAAACCCUAGCCGUCAAGAUACUCGCAGCGAUCAAGGACGACGACGUCGAAUCAGUGAAGAGAUGCCUCGCCGAUGAUCGACUUGACCAGGGAGCUUCAUUUUCCGAGGAUGGGAACACGUUGCUGCACUUUGCAGUUCAGCUCGGUGUUUCUAAAACUCUUGAAGCGCUACUGGAUGCGGGCUGUGAUCCUUAUCUCCAAACCGCCAAAGGUGACCUCCCGAUCCAUAUGUAUGACUGGUCAUGCCAGAAUCGCCAGGAGUGCCAGGUUUUUAGGACGCUGAAGAAAUUUGGUGUCUCCCUCUCCAGUCAAAAUGCCCAGGGUCUCACAAUCUGGCACUUGUGGGCUGAUUGUAUCGACCGCGCCAAAUUUCCCAGCGAUAUCCUCGAGCUUGACCGGGACGAGGCAUCCUCUGCUCUUAAAAUGAAGUCGUCGGGAGGCGAUACGGCACUUUCGCUCCUGUUGUGGAAAUCUCUUCCUUCCACCCAAAAAGCCGAGCAGGCCAACCAAAAAGCCGAGCAGGCACUCCAACUCGUGGACCAAUGCUUGAAAAUACCAGGCUACUGGCAGGAUCAUGGCCCAGCCUUCAGCGCAGCAGCAUAUUUCGGGUCUGAAAGGGUCUUACGUCGCCUGCAGGAGGCUGGUGCCACAGUCGAGACAGCAGUUGAGGGAUCCCGCACGCCCCUGCACCACCUAGGGCCGGCGGCUUCGUUGCAAGCUGUACGAGCACUGUUGGACCUCUACGAGGGGGCAUUGCAGUACAGGUUUAAAGGUGAACUCCCGGUCGAGGCCUACAUCAUGACAUGUCUGCGACUUGGAGCCAAACCAGACGCGGCUGUUAUUGAAGCCCUCGCGCCGCCAAGCCUCGUCAACAUCCAAAAAUCACUCUGGACCUUCGCCUGUCAACUCCCGGGUCGAUUUUUGCAGCGAGACCUACCCUGGGAUGAGGUCGAUAGCUACAUACUGUUGGUGGACGGCGUCACCGCGGCCGUGCUUCGACUUGGAGCCAUGCGGGUCUACGAAGAUUCCAUGCAGCAGUCUGGAUUGCUCCCACUUUUCCAAGGAAUACUUAGGUGUGACCGGGCAUAUCAGAUAAUUUUAUGCGGAGCUACAGACUCCAUUCGCGAAGCACUUUCACAAACAGGCUAUUUAGCUGAGGCAAUGAAUUCAUCCGCCGUACUCGAGUUCUUCUAUGAGACUAUUCAGUGGUCGAAAUUGGAUCUAAUUCGCCUGCUUCUCAACUACCAAAUCAACAUUCACAGCCCUUUCGACGAUGGCUCUUCGCUAAUCAACUCUGUCUGCAGAUACGACAAAGCCCUCCGCCUUUCCUGUUCUGAGGAUGGGAUGGCCAUCCUCCGGGAACUUCUCAGCCAUUGUGUCGGUGAUAAACUCAAUGAAAUUCUACCCGCCGACAAUGGCUUAGGGCUUCUCCACAGGCUUGCGACACGCAAGGAUGCAACCAGCAUCCUUUGGUGGGUGGAGGCGUUGAUCAAAAGAGGCGCUAACGUUGACCUGAUGACCGAAGGCCACAGACGAGUCUCUGUUCUCGCUCAUCACCUGUACGAAUCUUCCACACAAUGUGCCGAGCUCUUUCUGAAAUUAGGGGCCGAUCCCAUGGCCAAAGGCUCCCCAAAUUCUCCGACAGCAGUCCAAGCAGCCCUCGAAACCGGGAAUACGGCAUUUCUGAAGCUACUGCUUGUUCAACCCCCCCUUGGCUCUUCGGCCAUCGACUGGGAGAUGCCAAUGUACAUUGAUUCAAAACGGAAAUACGGCAGACGACUCAUAGUUAGGCAGGCAAACGCCCUACAUUGUGCCGCCCUGGGUAACGACGCAGGAUGUCUGGAAUUCCUGCUUGGCGAGAAUCUCAUCCCAACUCACAUUUCAAAAUCAUCUGAAGGCUUGACUCCUCUUCAUGUUAGCGCUUUUGCAGGUUCCGUGGAGACAACGAAGCUUCUUCUUUCCAGAGGGUUCAAUAUCAUGGCGGAAACCAACUGUCGAGAAACUCCACUACAUUUUGCCACCAAGGGAGGAUCUCUGCCCGUCCUGAAACUCCUGGUCCAACACGGGGCAUCGCAGACCAUGGACAUUCAUGGCAUGACCCCAGUGCGGUAUGCCAAUGGGGAAGACUUCGUUGAGAUGAUUUCACUUCUUAACGGAAUGUCCACUGACGAUACGAGUCAGCUGCCAUUCGAUCCUGAGGAGGAUCUACCUCUAAGGCAGACCCAAGUCUUCGCCCAUGCACUUGAGGAUGCUGUCCGAGAUGAUGACCAAGCCAAGUGCGAGAGGCUAUUCAGCCAAGGCUGCCCAGUCGAUGUGUCGUUGCAUAAAAUCCGGGCGAGUUCCGCUCUGGUUCUUGCUUUACAGCUCAGAAGAUUGGAAUUGGCCGGAUGGCUUCUGUCGAAAGGGGCGAGUGUGCUGAAACGUUGGAAUGAAGCCCUCAACGCAAAUAGUGUGAUCGAGGAGGUCUCAGGUCUCAACUCGCUACUGCCAGAAAUCGUCGAAAAAUACUGCGCUCAAGGAGGAGAUCUGGUCUCGGGAGAUGACUUCUCAUUGCAUUGUGUUGUGCAGAGAGAAAAUACAGACGAACUCAAGCUUCUGGUACAGUGCUUAAAAGCUUGCGGUCCUAUACUCGAAAUGCGCUUCCACCAGAUUAAAGUUGUAAUUAUGAGUCGUCUUGCCCAUCAACGCUUUUCGGGAGGGAGCGCACUUCAUCUUGCCUCGAGUCUUGGCAACAAGUCGAUGGUUUCGUUUCUCAUUGAGGAAGGGUCAUCAAUCGAUGCAAUCGAUUCGGCCGGCGGGACACCACUGAUGCGUGCUAGAACCGCUGACAUGGCGCAACAUCUGAUUAGCUUAGGCGCGUCAACUAGUUCGCUGUGCAGACUCGGGCUUUCUCCUUCCCUGGGCUAUAUUACGGCGGAGCAAUUUGUGGAUCGGUAUCCCAUCAUUAUUUCACAACUACCCACGGGAUUCUUGAACGACUCGCCAACUAGACUAGGCCCAACGCCCUGUUUUCAGAUCAGUAUUUCUCCCCAGGCUGUCUUAAAACUACACGAGAUGAACUAUCCCCUGCUCCUUGAACAUGAGGGUGGCCCGAGCUUGAUGCAUUCUAUCAUCUCCCAGGACAAUACUUCAGACGUCGUGCUCGAUGCGGAUCUUGGUCUACCAGGAACAACGCCUUUCCCUUGGCAUUUUUGUUGGUUUUAUUUCUCCAGACUUCCUUUCCUAACCACAAAAUUUCGCAAAUUCCAACGGAAGCUGUCAUAUGACACAUUUCAGGCAAUCCUAAACCUGGAACCAUCCCGCGGCUGGAGCCCCUUGUGCCGCGCCGCAUCACUGGACCUCCUCGACAUCAUGGUGAACUGCUUGGAAAUGGGUGCUCAGAUUGAUUUUGAAGGAUCCCCCUUUGGCUCCGCUGUCAUGGUUGCGAGCCUGUGUGGGAGCCUUGGCGCUGUCAAGUUCCUGGUGCGCAACGGAGCGUCAGUCGUCUAUGCCGGACCGAAGGGCACCAGAAAUUGUUAUGCACUUGCUGGGUCUCCAGGGAUCAAGUCGUGGCUUCUAUCUGGUCGGUUCAUGGACCAACUAUCGAUCACGGCGCCCGGACAGAAUGACGAGGGAGUUCUGAUCAAGCCUUGGAGUGGUCCUGUUCGAGCCGGUGUGAGGCUCUAUGGCAAGAGAGAGAAGUCACCGACUGCAUCGAUGUUGGACGAUGCAAGGAGACUGGGAUUGGCAAGAAAAUACUGGGAGGGCGAGGCUGUGCCCUUUGACGAGGAGAUUGAGACAUUCCUUAAGAAUUGGGACACAGAGAUUCCCUAG